ACUUAGCUCAGCAUUCAGCGAUUGUCGACGCACCGACCGUGUUUACUCCAUAAUUUACUCCAUGAGCAUGAGCUCAGCUUGUUUUUGCGCGACACUCAAUCGCGUGCGGUGCUCUGCGACCUCAGCAGCUCGAUUCAUCACAUCACAUUAAUAACAUUGAACAACGUUUACAACUUAGUGAGUCAUAAUUAUGGUUUGCCGAUUUCGCACAACUCAACGAAUCACAUGUUGGGUGCACAGUGUUUAAUACGGUACUCUUAGCACCCGAACUCGAUACGCUGAAGUGUUGAUAAGACAUUAUCUGCUAAUUAUCUCUGUGAUUAAGCGUGCGCGGCGCACAAACUUGCGGUAAACAAUGAAUCGGAACGCUCAGACGAGUUAUGGAACGAUGGCAUCCACGUCGGAGGUGCAAUUCAGCGGGCAGAGCGGUUCGCAAGACUUUGCUAACCUGUGCGAUGAGAUUUCGAAUCAAAUCUACAAAAUCUCACAGAGCUGGAAAACUUUGGAAGCCUCCUAUAAGAGGAUAGGCACCGCGAAGGACAGUGAAGCAUUCAGAGACACGAUCCAUGAAACACAACUCUCUGCUAAUGAAGCAAUCACCGUCACUAAAGGAAAGAUUUCCAUAAUCAGUAUACAGGCGAGAAAUGUUGAUAAAGCACAAAAGUUACAACUCGAGCGUCUGACUGAAAGUUUCAAAGAAGUAAUCGCCCGAUAUUCGGCCACACAGAAGAAAGUAGCAGAUAAAUUAAAAUCCAACUUUCUGGUGCGCGCAAACAUCGAAUACGAAAAUGUCGUGGAAAACGCCGACCAGUUUCAGCAGCAGCAGCAACAACAGCAGGUGCUGCACGAUAUGGCAUUCGAAAAUGACAUGCACCUCGAUCGGGAAAUGCGUAUUCGGCAAAUCGAGGCCGACGUCAUCGAUGUCAAUCAAAUAAUGCGCGAAUUAGGUUCGCUUGUGCACGAACAAGGUCAAACCAUCGAUACGAUUGAAAACAGUAUAGAUUACGCCACGGGACAUGUAGAAGAAGGUGCCGCGCAGCUUUUGAAAGCUUCUGGUUAUCAAAGUCGAUAUCGACGUCGUUUAUGCAUACUGGUAUUCAUAGCAACAGUGGUGGCGAUUAUUUUGGUGGCCAUUUUGGUUACACAAUUAAAGAAUUGAAGCAAACAUGAUGCAUGUUUCAAAAUAAACGGAAAGUAUUCACUAAACCUAAGAGAAAUGUAGUGCUGCUGCUGCUACAAUUUUGUAAUUUAAUAACUGAUAAACUUAAAUAUGCGAAAUUUGUCGGGCCGCGAAUAUUUUGUUAAGCCAUUUGUUACACCUACACAUACUGAUAUUAUAUAAUAAUGUAAAACUUAUUUUUAACAAGAAACACGAAACAAAAGACAAUAUAUACGCAUUGGUUUUAA